CAAAAAGGUAUCAACUAUCAUAUUUCUUUUAGUAUUUUAAAGAAAAAAAGUCACACCUUCCUCUCUUGGUUUCCCAGUAACAGCUUCAGUACUUCUCAGCAGAAGUUGAUUUUAACAGUGACUAAGCCUGGUUCUGGUAUUGAAGUCUUCAUUGUCUAGGCCUGUCCUUGUUGCUGUCUCAGCCUGUGAUUCCUGUGCUUUACCUUCUGGUAGAGGGUUCACACGGUACCCCUUGGAAUACAUGCAAAUGCAGCUUCUGUGUUAAUAAAGAGGAUGGUGACUUAAGUACUGCAGUGCCGGUAAGGAGGAUUAAAUUUUAUUUUCUUUGGAACGAAAGCAAAGCCAUUUAAAGGGUUUCACCCAAAAGGCACAUUCUGCAAAUGUGUGUGAACAGGCUUACCUGCCUGCUUGAUAGAGCAAUGGGCAACACAGCUGGGGAUUCAACUUCUCUGAUUCGGGGAAGUUUUUUGUAUCUCAUUAUUCUGACAGGGCAGAGGGCCACAUCUGAAAAGUGUACCUGGGUUGUUCCCGCUCCAGGCUGUAUCAAAAAUUGGGUUUUGCUAAAACACAUCACCUUUAACAAAAUAACAUGCUUUGCUGAAAUCUUUUCAUCAGAAAUGUUUUGGCAAGUUCAAAUGCUGGCACAAUAGUUGGUUUGCUAAUUCUUUACCCCUCUUUCCAACAUCCAGGCUCUUAUAUUUCUUGGUUCACCUCAAAGAUGAGAGUUCCCCGGGCCUCCCAAGGAAGCUCCUGCUGCAGUGGGAUGUGUGCUGAGUGCUCCAACCUUAAAGUGAAAGGCACAGUUUGAGCACUUGGUGAGAUAAGAUUGGAUGACAGAAAAACAUACCCUGAGCAAACUCUGGAGUAGGAUGUUGCAAUCAAUAGGCUUUCUAAGGACCCUGUGGUUCAUCCGGCCAGGGUGAGCUCAUUUGUGCAUUUUAUUUCGUGCUUGGGCAGUCAGGCUAAAUCCUGUAGAUUGUAAUUCUGUACUAUCAGCUUUUAAGUUCCUUGAGAGCUGAUCUGUCAGAUGGAGCUUUUUGUUUGUACAGAAAUAACACUGCUUGUCUUAGAUUUUUUUCGUUGUUUGUUUAGGUUUUUUCUGAAGGCUGCAUAAUGAUCUGUGCUUGGUAACAGAGACAAGGGCUCGGGCCUUUUCGUGUUCCAGAAUCAAAGGAGAAAUGAAGAACUCAGUAAUGAAAACCAGCACACCUCAUGGCUUGUAAGGGAAGCACACAAAUACUCCUCACACAAAUAAAUGUGUUUCUAAAUGCUUUACGAAGUCCAGUUACUCUAACUAGCUGUUGGGUAUGUAAUUGUAAGAAUAUUACAAGAAUGUGUAAACUGUCAGCAUAACACAUUUUUUGUUCAUCUUAAGUCUCCAUUUAGUUCACUGCAAUCAGAACUUGUCCUUGUCCAGUGCCUGGUGCUGAGAACUCACCUACUGCCACUAUUAGGUAUUUAGGCUCUGGUUUCAAAAAACAGAUACGUGUGUGUUUGUAUAAAUGUUUUUUCAUCGACACCUCCUUUAUAGACUCCAUGUGGCAUCCCCAAAUGUCUCUGCUGGCACCUACAGCAGGUUGCACCAGACAAGUGACCCACACCCAUAACACCCUCCCUCUGUUUACAUUACAUCCUACCUUUCUGUUGUGCAUCUUGGGGUGUGUGUGUGUGUGUGUGUGUGAUUGAAUGACACCUGGACAACAUUUUAUCUGAGUUGUUUUAAUGUUUUAAGCAUUCGGAGUGGGACACCUGCAAUGGCAGCCAAACCACUCUGCAGACAAGCAGAGGUUGGAAAGUAUGCAUCCACAUCACUGGAGUCAUAUCAGUGAAGUUCAGAAGGGCAGAUCUGAGAGGCAGAGGUCAGCAGAGGAAGAAGUAUCACUGCUCUUCAAGGGCUGAAUUUCUCUCCAAACACAAGGUGAUGUAGGAUUUACCAACUGUUUCUCCCAGCGAUUUUUUUUCAGGAAAGCUGAAACUGCUUAAGGGGAAAGGAGGAGCCUCAGGUACACCAUGGCCCCUUCCUGUAAGUACACCCUAGACUUUAGAGAUACUGACUCACUGAAAAAGUGUCUAGAAGCUACUCUGCUAAUAGGAUGACACAUAUCUCAUUAACCAUCCAUCUCAUGAUCGUAGUUGUCCUAUUCAUCUAACAGAGGUGAUUAGCACAGCAAUCAGUCUAAAAACUCCUGCAUCUCCUGCCUUUCAGGUGCAAUGUUUUUUAAGCAAAUGAUGCACUCUUGCUCCUGUGUAGUUAUUUUCAAGUCAUUAUUCUGUGAUGAGACAAGGCACUAAAAAGCAGCUGAAAGAAACAUUUGUCUUUAAGGCUAUUUCUACAGCAGUUGUCUGCUAAAAAUGCAUCAAACCAGAUUAACUGCAGAGUCCAUCAAGGUAGAGGUAACUAAUGAAUUACGUUAUUCCUAACUGGUAGGGUGGGCUGUUUUGUAAUGACUCAAACUUCUAAGUGAGAGAGGAGGCUGAGGCUAAGCACCCUUAGAAAAUUUCAGAUGGUGCUUAAUGGGUAAAGAGAAAAGGAUUGUUCGUUAUGGCUCUCGUUUCUUCUCAGUUAGCACUGCAGCGAGGUUAAUUUGCCUACAGAAGUUCAUUGAAGUAGAACAGCGAAUUGCUGCACAUGGUCCUUCCUUUUCUUCAGAGUGCGGUGGACGCAAUGUCCCAGGUUCAAGCCAGGGCACCUCAACUCUUGCAAUAUUUUGGUGUCGCCACAGGGUGGUGGUGAAGAUCUUACAGAAAACUUCGUUUCUCAGCGGUGCUGCGGGAAAGUUCUUUGAUUUGUGCAGAGCACACGUGUCACAUCUUUGCAGUAUGGUGACAGUCUCAGACACUGCAGUCUCUUGAACCAACAAGGGUAAAUUAAGGCCGCUUCCUCUAACACUCCUUAACUCCUGUUUACUUUUGGUUUUAUCUUUCACUGUUGAUGAUCAGCAUUUAGGGAGUUGAUGAUAAGCUCAGUUGACUUCCACUAGUCCUGAGACAGCAGCAGCUUCAGUAGUUUCAAGAAACACAGUUAAGAGUUGAGUUAUGGCUUUUUUCAAACUAGUUACCAAUAGCAUAUAAUUUAGUGGCCCAAUAGCUUUGACUGUUGCUUGAAUAGCUAGAUAGGGAGCCUGCUAAUUACACAUUAAAAACUUUGUAAUUCUAUUUAUUUACUUUAAUUCAACCUUGUUACCUCUUUUCAUAAUCACGUAAUAAUUGUAAUGCCACAUUCUCAGCAUUUUUAGUUUUAAUUGCUAUAGUCUUUGUACCUAAACCAUUGUAAAUUACCUGAUUCAGAAAUGAAUGUCACUACAUAUUUUAGCAGCACAAUAAUAGUGUGAGACAUGCCUUCCUUCCCACCAAUCAACCAAGCUGUCAGUGACACCACAUUUGUGUGAUGUAUUUGUGUAAAGGAACAGGGAAAUCAAAGCCUUAUUAAUCCAUUUUAACUAUUUUCUUUCAUGUAACAGUGGUAAAAGCCAAAGUACAGAGCACUUCAGCUUAAUAUUGGAAUAAAUAGAAAGAUUCCACUUUAAACCUCCGUUUUAAUUAUUGAACAGCUCUCAAAAUUUAAUCACUGACCUUUGAGAAUUUAGUGGCCCAACAAGUGCUUGUCCUCAAGGCACAUAUCCGAGUGUGCAUUCCUUCACAUGAAGCUUUUACACUCAGUUUAAAGAUGCCCAAGAACACUGGAAGUACCAAGUGAACGAGGUAAGAACAAAGGUCCUAUAUAUGUGAUGAUGGUACUGUCAGCUUGUGGAGUGGAGUGCAUGUAUGGGGACCACACUGUCUAUUCUUUAGGCAAGGAACACUUCUUUAGACAACUGGGAAUGGGGUUUUCUCUAAGUGGACAAGGACUGUCAGACUUCUCCGUGGGAUGCACCCUAUCUUAGCAACGUCAUACAGAGCACUUCUUCCUUUUGCACUCUUCUGGAGUCCUUUGACUAAGGCAGCAAAUGUUUAUAUACCUCAGAAGUAGCAAAUGUUUUAUCUAUUUUCACCUUUCUUUAGUGCCAACCAGCAGUAGCAGACUAAGUGGGAUUUUUCUGAUGGGUGAUCAAACAUCUCUGAGUAAAGCCAUUGGCAAAGACACCAUAAAUAAUUUUAAUAAAGGUAAAAAAAUGGGGGACCUUUCAGAACACAGAAUAAAAAGAUUCAGGAACAUGUCCCAAAAUUAAAGUCUUACUCUAUAAAUUAGGUUAAGGGUAUAGUUUUUCUUAUUGAGGACAUACUGGUGUCUCUCUACAUGGUACUUGUGUGCAUUGUUUCAUGAGAGUGAGAAAUGGUGGUGGAGAGAUUAAAGAGAAGAUACCAUUUUUUAAUCAAUGCUAGUUAACUGAUCUUACUCCUCAUUAAUAAAAUAACAAAUUCUAAAACCAAUUGCGUAAAAUUUACUCAUUUUAACAAUCACUUUUACCUAAGUACUUAACCUAUACAGCCAAAGCUUCUGUGCAUUAGACAUUUAUGGAUAUUAAUUCCAAAUAAAACAGGUAUUAAUUUUGUUGCUAUUUGUUUUUUAUUCCUCAGUCUAAUCUCUUCCCAACAGUUGCUCUUACACUCAAUUAAAGCAGCUGUAUUCAGGAUUAAGUCUGAAUGUAUUUCAAUGGGUCUAUAUUAAAAGACAGUUUAUAGGAGGGACUCUCUAGUGAAAAGAUAAAUAUGAGCUGGACUUUUAGUAGCAAAGUUACGUGAAUUGGGAGAACCCAGCUAAAGACUUGUUUUUGCCAAAAAACCCUCUUACUUGAUUCCUCUCACCUUUGCCCUCAUUUCACUCUGCUCCUGGUCUGACCCCUCCUCUGAGGUUAUUCAACUUAUUAACCCAGUAAGGGACUAACUCCGGUGAAUAAUAAUUUAAAAUAAAAAAAAAAAGUUAUUGUUUUGUGGUGAAUGAGGGGGUUGAAUUGCCUUAGCUCACCUCCCAUGGCACCAUCUCCUGGGAGAGGUACAACCUCGCAGUCACAAGUAGGUGCAGGGAGAAAUGCGGAUGGAGAAUUGUGUAAAGCUAAUGUUUUAAAUGUAUAACAAUUCUAUGACUGAUAUCUCCAUUAAAGAAUUAUUUAAAAUAUCACUCAGUAGUCCCUAGGACUGUAAUUAAUGCUAUAUAGAGAUUUAUAAAUAAAAACAAAACAGAAGAAUACACAUGGUGAAAACCCAUUUCCUUAUUUUCCUCCCUCCACCACUGCACUCCCUUCUAAGGUGGACCUAGGCAGAUGUACUUUUUCUUUCUUAAACAUUUCAGCCAAAGUCAUAUAACUUACCUAAGAAUGAAAAGCUGGAUUGUACUGCUGGCUAUUGUAGUCAGCACAGCAGAAACACAAAAACAGGAUGUCUGCACCCAAGGGUAUCCUGGCAUCCCUGGCAAUCCUGGGCACAAUGGCAUACCUGGUCGUGAUGGACGUGACGGGUCAAAAGGAGACAAAGGAGAUACAGGUGAACCAGGAGUUCCUGGCAGUCCAGGAAAAGAUGGUGUCAAUGGCGAGAAAGGCGAACAAGGAAUCAAUGGGACUGUUGAAGAGAAGGGGAACAAAGGAGAUAAAGGAGAAAGAGGACCACCUGGGAAACUGGGACCAAAAGGAUUUAUAGGAUCAGUGGGUUACAAAGGUCAGAAGGGAGAGCUGGGACUGCAAGGACAAAAGGGGUUAAAAGGAGACAUUGGACCCAUAGGUCCAAAAGGGACAAAGGGUGAAAUUGGCUAUCCUGGAAGAGUUGGUUUCCCAGGGCCGACUGGCCCGAUUGGUAAUCCAGGUCCUAAAGGUAGUACUGGAGGUAUGGGGCCACAGGGUAAUCCAGGAGUUCAGGGGGAAAGAGGCUUGAAAGGAGACAGAGGAGACAAGGGGAAUGUAGGUGCCCCAGGAGUCCUGCCAAGGAGUGCUUUCAGUGUUGGCCUUACAGUCACCACCAAAUUUCCCCCUCCGAAUCGCCCAAUCAAAUUUGACAAGGUGCUGUAUAACAGCCUGAAUGACUUCAACUCAGCUACUGGCAAAUUCACCUGCAAACACGCCGGCGUUUACUAUUUCACCUACCACAUCACUGUCUACUCAAGGAACGUGCGAGUAGCUCUUGUUAAGAAUGGCAUCAAGAUGCUGCACACGAUGGACAGGUACCAGAGCGGAGAGGACCAGGCCUCGGGAGCGGCCAUCCUUGAGCUGCAGGGAGGAGAUGAGGUGUGGCUGCAGGCCCACCAAGGAGAGGCUUUCAAUGGGCUGUUUGCAGACGGUGAUGAUGAUACCACCUUCUCUGGGUUCCUCUUGUUCAGCACUGCUGACCCACUGGAGCCGCUGCUGUCACCCACCCCAUAACUCAGUGUUACCCCUGAAUGCUGCAUGUCUGUGCCCUUCAGCCCUCCCUAAGAAAGUUGUUAUCUGCUGGACGAUUCCUACUGCAUUCAACAGAAAACAGACAGUUGGCUUCAGGAACAGCUUCUGCACAAGAGAGGACAACUCUUCAGAAUCUACAGUGCUGGGCUUAACACAUUAGUGCUUUGGUGACUUACUGUAGGUAGGUACACCAGUUCUGAAGAACAAAUGUUUUAAAACAAAUUGGGGUGAAAUAAAAGACAAAAGUUCCAGAAUUA